UUUCAUUCGCUCAGAAAAUUUCAACAGUGAACAUCUUGUGCAGAACACAGACCAAAUACUCCAAAAAUGUCUUUCGUUGGCAAGAAGUACAAGCUGGACAAGUCCGAGAACUUCGAUGAGUACAUGAAGGAGCUGGGCGUCGGUCUGGUGACGCGCAAGAUGGGCAACAGCCUGAGCCCCACCGUGGAGGUGACAUUGGAGGGCGAUACCUACACCCUGACCACCACCUCCACCUUCAAGACCUCCGCCAUCAGCUUCAAGCUGGGCGUUGAGUUCGACGAGGAGACCCUGGACGGUCGCAACGUCAAGAGCAUCAUCACCCUGGAUGGCAACAAGCUGACGCAGGAGCAGAAGGGCGACAAGCCCACCACCAUCGUCCGCGAGUUCAUCGACAACGAGCUGAUCACCACCCUCACCAUCGGCAGCGUGAAGUGCGUGCGCGUCUACAAGGCCGUCUAAGAGACUGAUCUAAAACUAUAAUAUCCAUACGACUACAUGCAUAAAAACUAACUCAGAUAGCCAAUAUUCUUGUUGACUAACAGUGAACUAAACCAAACCAAGUGGAACUGCACGCUCUGCCCAAUGUUAAUUUAUAAUCGCACCCGUACACCCGCAGUCGGUGUAUGUGGGAAUACUCCUCGUACUCGGGGACCAAUUUCCGAAUGCAUUUGAAUAAACUAUUUCUUGAAGUGCUUUUAAAACA